CCUGGACCUGCGCCACCACUGAAACACUAAGCCAUUUCCAUAUCUCACGGAUUCAGCUUUACUAUCUUUUGACUCAUACCUUCCAUAUCCUGCUAGACAAUAGAUAUCCGAACAUACUAGACAGCCCCACCUACUUAUUCUGCAAUGUCGCAGGAAUCACCUCUUAGUGAACCAGUCAUCUACCACGGCAAGAAAUUUAUCGUGCUCAGCGAUUGGGAUGGCACGAUCACCACGCAGGACUCCAAUGAUUUUGUGACGGACACCUAUGGGAUGGGGCGCUCAGAUCGCGUUCUGCUCAAUCAGCGUAUACGUAAAGGCGAAGAUAACUUCCGGGAUGCUUUCCGGAAGAUGAUCCUGAGCGUCACUGCGAAUGGCAAGAAGGAAGGAAAGGUGACGCAUACAUUUGAGUUUUGUAAAAAUGCUGUCGCAGAAAAUAUCAAAGUCGAUGAUACGUUCAAGGGCUUCUACGAAUUUUGCGAAAUGAAUGAUAUACCCGUGGUAAUUGUGUCCAGUGGUAUGGAACCCAUCAUCCGCGCAGUCCUUAAUAAGUACCUGGCUAGCCUUGACGGCAUUCAAAUAAUAUCGAAUGAGGUGAAAACCUACGAUGAUGGGAGCUGGGACAUCCAAUACCGUCAUCCUGAGAGCGGUUUCGGACAUGACAAGUCGAAGGCGAUUGCGCCAUACAGGGAUAUGGAUCCUGCCCCGAUCGUAUUCUUCUUUGGUGAUGGCGUCUCAGACUUAUCCGCAGCGCGGGGAGCGACUUGUCUAUUCGUCAAGUUCAAGCCGAAUGGAGAGAACGAAUUGAUGGAAUACUGCAUCAUAAACAAGAUCAAACACCGGUUAUUCCAGAGUUUCGAGGAGGCGCAAGGUGUGAUAAAGCUGAUCAUCUUCGCGAAGACGGAAGAAGAGCGACAGAAUAUCAUUGCACGGGAGUGGCCUGAAGUAGCUUAGAAAUUGUCUCACCUCACCCCCAGUGAUGGCAAUCGCAGGGGAGAAGGAGUAUUGGGUACUUGUAACACAAUGUAUUUAGAUUUGGAGGCAUCAAGAUUGCGCCUUUAAUUGAUCAAGUCGAACCCAGCUUA